AUGACGCGACUCGAACAUAUUGUCCUGCCGAUGCUUUGGCUCAGCAGUGUAACAAGUGCUGCACUUGUGGGGUCAUCUACGCUGCAGGACUUCUCAAGUCUCGUCGUCUUUGGUGACAGCUAUACGGAUGAUGGACCAGAAUAUUACACACCGGAACCCAGCCAGAAUCUCUCGACUGUCACUUCCACCGGGGGACGGAUCUGGCCGCAAUAUAUCCAACAGUACACAGGCAUUAACCUGUAUGACUAUGCAGUAUCUGGAGCUGUCUGUGACACAUACUUUUCGCCCUCAAAGCGAAAUGGAGUCAAGCAGAAUCAGAUACCAUAUUUCUUGAAAGACAAGGACUACGUUGGUGACGGAUCACUUAUAAAUCCUAGCAAUGAGACAAUCUACGCUAUCUGGAUUGGCACAAAUGAUCUCGGGCCAGCUGCUUUCUUCACCGACAACCGCGUGAGCCUCACAAUCCUCGACUAUAUCGACUGUGUCUAUGAGCAGCUCGAUGCUCUCCACGAGGCCGGCGCGCGUAACUUUGUGCUACUCAACCUCGCGCCGCUCAACUUCGCGCCCAUGUAUGCACUGCCCGAGAAUGGCGGCACAAUCAACACGACUUUCUGGAAAGACGAGGAGACCUACAAUGCCAAUGUGACACAGGUUAGCGAGAAAAUGCGCCAAUACGUCGCGCUCAUUAACAGUAUAUACAACUACCGCACGUCAGAGGAGGUCCAAAUCUCCGAUCGCUACCCAGCAAGCUCGUUCACGAUCUUUGACGUGCACUCGUUGUUGAGCGACAUGUGGAACAACCCGGCUUCGUAUCUCAAUGGAACUGCCCCAGUGAACGUGACCUCAACGAUCACUGCGUGCGGCGCUGCCUGCAACGACUCUUCAGUUCGAGAUAGCUAUCUGUGGUACGACUCGCUGCACCCGUCAGAGCAGACUGAUAGAGUCAUCGCUCGGGCCUUCGUGGACAUUGCAACCGGAAAUAGCACCUGGGGUCGGACGUGGAAAUCGCCCAGUAUCUAG